UUGGUGCGGCCCGGGCCGGGACAAUAUGGCUACGGUGUUCCGGCCCCUGGAAAGGUUGCGGGCGCCGCGUCCUUCGUUGCAUCCCGGGGUGACAAGCUCAGGCUCCGCCUGCGGCCGCUGCCCUCUCGGAGCUAAAAGAUACCUACUCACAGACAGCAUUGUGAAAUUGAAGGAAUUCCAACAGAAGAAGGUGGCUAUUGCAUAUAACCUUCCCGGCACCAAAGAGAUCUAUUUCCGAAACUUGGAGGAGAAACUGACGCAGAACAAACUCAUCUUGAAGGAGGAGUUAAAAACACUGCUUCACCUGUGUCAAUCCCGGGAGGAUGUGGAACUGGCGAGAAGUGUCAUUUAUAGGUACCAUACAGAAAACAGGAAUUUCACUGUGGGGGAAUAUAAGUUUGGACCAGUUUUCAUGAGGCUUUGCUAUGAGUUGGAUCUUGAGGACUCUGCAGUGGAGCUCAUCAAAGACAAGCGUUUACGAGGUUUCUUCCUAGACUCAACGUCAUUCAAUAUUUUGAUGGAUAUGCUAUUUUCCAAAGGCAAAUAUGAAAGUGCCCUGGAAGUACUGAUUGAAAUGAAAAACCAAGAUGUGAAGUUCAGCAAAGACACCUACAUCCUUGCUUUUGCUGUUUGCUACAAACUGAAUAGCCCGGAAUCUUUUAAAAUUUGUACAGCCUUAAGAGAAGAAGCCCUAAUUAAGGGGGAUGUCGUCUCCAGGAGAGCGUGCUGUUUUGCAGUGGCAUUAGCUCUGAAUCAGAUUUUAAUCCAUGUCCGGUCAAAUAUGUUGGAAAACGUGAUAAAGAUCUUACAGGACACUGUUGACAGGAAUGUAUCGGUAUUUGUGAAAAGACACGUGAUCUCCGAGGAUGUGCUGGCCAAAGUGAGGGAAAAACUAAAGGACAACCCCAUCCUCACAGCCAAGUUUGAGGAGGUCUAUGCAAAGCUGCACAUUAAUGGCCAAGUCUCCGUUUACACAUUGGACGCUAUGCUCUGCCAUGUCCCCCUGGACAAGAAAUCCAACACAGUGCUAUUAAGGAAGAAGAUGAGGACGGUCAGCAGACGGACCUUACAACCGCUCAGCCAGACCCUGCUGACUGAGUAACUGUGUUUUCAACCUCCUGGGUCUGCAGGAGCUGCUUGGAGGCACCUGCUUCAGGUGAAAUAUUGGCUUCUCCAAGAUGCCAGGCAUUUCACUUGAGUGGCACUAUGCCUGUGCCCGGUCUCCCUAAGUCCCGAGUCCCCUGAGUGGUGGCUUGCUGAUCAGAGAGACGUGAAGAGCUAGCUCAGGCAAGGAAAGCGUGGUUGCCACAGAAAGGCACCUGUGUCCGCCACUCCAGAGUAAGGACCACAGCCGCUAACACAGUCUAGCGCCAGAGUGGAACUCAGGAAGUACUGCAGAAGGAAUUUCCCAUGGCCUCCUCAACCUUGCCCGACCUUUCACAGGAGAGAUGCCUUGCGAGUGAUGUCCUCACUGAAUUCGAGAAAGCUGAAACCCUCUUCUACCAUGUUGGGAAUGGCCAAGGCCUUCUCUCAUCUCUGCCAUCAUUUUUCCGUCUACAAAAUAACAUUGCCUGUGCGUGCUUGGAUGAUUUGACAUUUUCAUUCAAGGUUCAGUAGAGUUAAUCUUUCUCCAAAACAAGAAAUAAAAGGUACCUGCACAGA